AUGGGCACCCUCGUCAAUGACCUUAAAGAUCUUGAGCUCAAUGGUGUUACCCUGCCUGACGGAAAGGUCUACAAGGGAACUUUGUGUGCCAUUGCAGGUGACAACCUGGGCUCACACAGCAUAGGAGGCUUUGUGGAGAACUUCAGCAGGAGUUCACACUUCUGCAGAUAUUGUGAUAUCAGCAGAGAAGCAUUCUAUGCAGAUCCUCUUAUCCAAGCACAAAACGCACAAAUGAUGGCGAACUUGAGUGAAGAAAUCAAAGAGAUCAUCUGCAAGACCUUGCCAAAUCUGUCUGAAGAGACCCAGUGGCAAAUAAUAUUGAAACUUCAGAGCUCCGGCUUGGAGUCAAAAGAAGACUUAAAAUAUGUACAACAGGAAGACAUUGCUGAUCUGCUACCUGUUAUCCAGCGCCGAAAACUCCUGGAUGCAUUCAAAUUAGAUGGCAAGAGACCUAAACCAGUGGCGCGGCGCCAGAUGGUACGAGUACUCGCAGAUGAAAUGAGAAAGUAUGAAGCUAACCCCACUCGUGCACAGUGCCUAACUGUGGUUCAAAAUAUCAUCAGGCAGUACCCAAAGAGUUUUGCUGAUAUGACACCAGAUGGGUUACUUCUGGGUAGAGGUUACACAUCACUUUUGAUUCAAGUGAAAAACCGCAUUGAGAAUGUGAACCGUGAUGUAAGCUUUUCACGCCACCGAUCCUCUACACAAAAGAGGGGUCCAACUGACACAUAUGGAUGUACAAGAUUUCAGCCAGAGCUCCCCCCAGAAGAAACUGAUGAGACUGUGGAGCAGCACCGCCAGAGACUGGGGGUCACCUCAUGGGUCCAGUUCCCUGCAGCGUACAGACAAUCAGGUCAAGAAGCCUAG